CGACUCGCGCGGACUCUGAGGGAGAGAACCAGCGUUCUGAAUCUAAAACAGAGGAUACGUGAUAAAUCAUAAAUCAUACGAAACAUGGCUUAACUUAAACAUUAAAUACCGCGCAGACUUCUGUGAGCGCUUUUGAGUGACGAUUCAAACGAAUUAAUGAAUCUUGAAACCGGUUUUUCGAACGAUUCACAGGAAUGUUUGAGUGUUUCGUCACUUAUUCGUUGUUGUUACACGCAGAGGCAUUUUUGUCAGACGAGCGCGAGCGCGCAGCAGCAGCAGCAGCAUGACGGCAGUCCGUGUUUCUUUGACGGGUUCAUGAGUCGUGACACAGAUCAUGGCCGCAGGAAACAGUUUUCAGUCUCCUCAUCGGAUCAUUGAUCUGGAGAGUCCGGCUGAUGAAUUUGGUGUUCAUGAUUCAUUCAGUCAGCUGAUUAAUGAACAGAAUCAUGACCUUCAUGCUGAUGUCAUAGAGAUGACCGCACUUGACCAGAAGGAGGAGGAAGAUGAUGUCAUGGGUCUGGAGGGUCCAAUGUUUUGUCCAGUUACAGAGUUCAGUGACGAACAGCAGCAGACGGAUUCUCUGAUUGGAGAACGCUGGUCAUCUGACACACUCCGAGUUCUCUCAUCUAUGCCCAGUCGAACCAUCGGUCGCAGUCGCGGGGCGAUCAUCUCUCAGUAUUAUAACCGCACGAUGCAGCUGCGCAGACGCAGACAGAGCAGACCCUCCAUCCAGCACUUUCCUCGAUCUGCUCGUCCCAGCAUCCGUGGAUAUCGCGUGGAAAUAGACGGCGCUGGUUUUGAAGAAGGAGAGAGUAAGAGGGAGCGUUUGGUGAACAAUCUGCAGAAUCUGUCCGUCAGUGAUCGUGUGCGUAUGUUGAGAGCGAUGCCUCUGUGUCUGGCUGAGAAGAAAGAGCUCAGGAUGUUGGCCAUGAAUAAAGUGGAACACUCAUUGUCUCAGAGUCAAAUCCCCUGCUGUAGUCAGUUCAAGUAUUACAUCAUCACUGCUGUGAGACACGGCUGGUUCAACUGGCUGUCGUUUCUGUCGUCGCUGCAGUUGUGGCAGACGGCUCUGAAGUGUGUCGGCGGUCGCUUCGGGACGGGCGUUCUCUCCUACUUCGUCUUCCUCAGAACUCUCGUCUUCUUUAACGUCUUCCUGUUCCUGGUGACCGGUUUGCUUCUGGUUGUUCCUCAGGCUGUGACGCCCCCACAUCAUGAGCAGAUCACCAGCACCUGGGGUCUCGAGAUCCUCACGGGGGCCGGUUAUUUCUCUGAGUCUCUGCUGUAUUACGGUUACUAUAGUAACCACACACUGAGCCGUUGCUCAUGGAUGGCUCAGUCAGAGAACGGGACGUCCUGCACUUCUUCAUUCUCAUAUAACAUGCCUCUGGUGUAUUUCUUCACUAUCGGUGCGGUGUUCUUCGUCACCUGCAUCAUCCUCGUCUACAGCAUGUCAAAGUCCUUCGGUCAGAGUUUUCGCAUCGAUAAAUCUAAAGGACUGUUGGCCAUCAAGGUUUUAAGCUCCUGGGAUUUUAAAGUGAGCAAGAAAACUUCAGUGAGACUCCAGCGUGAGAACAUUGGCACACAACUCAAAGAGCUGGUGGCGGAGGUGAACCGUCAGGAGUUGGAGUUUCCUGUUCUUCAGCGUUUGUGGCGGAUCUUCAUUCACAUGUUGGCGUGGAUCAUGUGUUUGGGCAGCACGUUGUUUUGCGUUCUUGCUGUCUAUUACUUCUCUGAAUAUACAUACAUGAAUCUGAAGAAGCUUGCUAGCUCAAACUCUUCCGUCAGUCUGAAGGAUGCGAGUCAGUUGGCUCUUCCUGUGAUGGUGUCGAGCAUCAAUCUGCUCCUGCCGGGUUUCUUCAAUGCUGUGGCCUGGAUGGAGGAAUAUGAUUCUCCAAGUGUGCUGAAUUACAUCUCCAUCAGCAGGAAUCUGUUGUUGAAAGUGAGCCUGUUGGGUGUGUUGUGUUAUCAUUGGCUUGGUCGAGUGCCGUCAGAUCCUGAGAGUCUCGGUGUCCAGUGUUGGGAGAGUUUUGUAGGGCAGGAGUUGUAUCGCUUUCUGCUGAUGGACUUCAUCUUCUCUCUUCUGGACACUUUCUGUGGAGAGUUUUUGUGGAGGUUGUUUUCUCAGAAAGCUCUGAAGAGGAAGAGGAAACCCGUGUUUGAUAUCGCCAGGAAUGUUCUAGAGCUCAUCUAUGGACAAACUCUCGCCUGGUUGGGUGUUCUGUUCUCUCCACUCCUCCCUGCUGUUCAGAUGAUGAAACUACUGCUUCUCUUCAACAUCAAGAAGGUGAGUCUAAUGAUGAACUGUCAGGCGUCUGGGAAGCCCUGGCGAGCCUGUCAGAUGACCACCAUCUUCAUCACGCUGUUGUGUUUCCCAUCAUUCCUCAGUGCUGCUGUGUGUGUGACAUACACCAUGUGGACGAUCAAGCCAUCCAUCAGCUGCGGUCCGUUCCGGGGUUUAAACACGAUGUUCCAGGCAGGAAAACUUUGGGUGAAACAUUUGGCCAAAACAAACUCUGAUCUGACCUGGCUCACCUGGGUUCACACUUCCCUGGUGGAGAAUCCUCUCUUCCUCUUCCUGUCGGCAGGUGUCUUCCUGAUCGUGAUUUACUUUCACAGUCAGGUGGUGGAUGGUCAGAGGAAGAUCAUUGAACUUCUACAGGAACAGAUUGAAAACGAGGGAGAUGAUAAAAAGUUCCUCAUCACACGACUGCAGGACAUCCAUGAACAGAGACGUGCGAUCUCAUCACGACGAGUGAGAGGAACCAGUGAGAACACCAGCAAUUCAUGAGACGAGUGAACAUUUCUCAUGAGGAGAAUCUAAAAACAAACUGGAAGGGACAGAAAAACUGUGAACGGGCCAGAAUCACACACAUGUACAGAGAAGAGUCUGAUCACACUUCACAUGAUAUAGAUGUUGAUCUCUAGAGGAAGAUCAGCCUCAACUACUGGAUUAAAGGGAUCUUAAGCAGACGCUUUUCACUGAUUUGAUGAAUUGUUUGUUUGUUUAGUAAAUCUGUGAAAACUCCCCCUGGUGACGUCUUUUGUUUGGAGACACUUUUAUUUUUACUGUGAAAAGAGGGAAUGUUUAAUACUCACUGGUGUUAACAACUGGACAUCUUUUACAUUUUCAUUUUAAAAUAAACCUUUUUUACAUGAAA